GCGUUUUUCUUCUCAUUUCCUUCCUCGUCGUUGUGCUUGUUGAUUUCGUCACUGUCUAUUGCAGCAGUUGAGCUUCUUCUUCGCCAUCCUUCUUUCACUGUGGCUGUGCUCUGCAACUAGGGCUCCAUCAGUUUUGUAAGUGCUAUGAGCUAAUCAAGUGGUUCGACUUCCCUGCGAAUCUUGCCUCUGGUUCUCUUUCUGUGAGCUAUACUUAUCCUCUAUAAAAGUUUAUACCCAUUUGGAUGGCAAUGGCUCUCUCUUCUGUACAAGCCACACUUUUCUCUGGGGCUUCACUGCUUCGUAGAAGUGAUACUCUAAGAAGCUUCACAUUAUGUAUACCUUUCUCGUCGAUGGCUAGUUCUGUUUCUACUGAUAACCUUUCACGAAAGAAAUGGAGGCGACCAGUUGUCUCAGUGUUGGAUGUUGGUGGUGUCAAGAUUUCCAGGGAAGAUGUGGUGAGGGACGAUCCUACAAAUAAUGUGCCAGACACGAUAUUUUCAAAACUUGGGUUGCAACUUCACAGGAGAGACCAGCACCCCCUUGGGAUACUGAAGAAUGCCAUAUAUGAAUACUUUGAUUCCAACUAUUCAAACAAGUUCAAUAAGUUUGAUGAUCUUUGUCCGAUUGUUUCAGUAAAGGAGAAUUUUGAUGAUGUAUUAGUUCCUGAGGACCAUGUGAGUAGGAGUUAUAAUGAUACAUACUACAUAGACCCUCAGACCGUUCUUAGGUGCCAUACAAGUGCUCAUCAGGCAGGCUUAUUGAGAAGCGGAUACACUCAUUUCCUUGUUACAGGAGAUGUGUAUCGAAGAGAUUCAAUUGAUUCAACUCAUUACCCUGUCUUCCAUCAGAUGGAAGGCUUCCGGGUUUUUGUUCCAGAUGAAUGGGAACCAUCGGGAAUGGAUGCCACUUCCUAUGCAGCAGCUGACUUAAAGAAAUGCCUUGAGGGGUUAGCACGCCAUUUAUUUGGUGCGGUGGAAAUGCGUUGGGUGGAUACUUAUUUCCCGUUUACCAAUCCAUCAUUUGAGCUUGAGAUAUAUUUUAAUGAAGAGUGGUUAGAAGUUUUAGGCUGUGGCGUGACAGAGCAAGAAAUUCUAAAAAGAAAUGGUCACCCAAAUAAUGUUGCCUGGGCUUUUGGCCUAGGAUUGGAGAGGUUAGCUAUGGUUCUAUUUGACAUACCAGAUAUUCGUCUCUUUUGGUCAUCCGAUGAGCGAUUUACCUCCCAGUUCUCUAAAGGCCAGUUAGGAGUCAAGUUUAAGCCUUUUUCGAAGUAUCCUCCUUGUUACAAGGACAUGAGCUUCUGGAUCAAUGAGUCGUUCACUGAAAACAAUCUUUGUGAAGUUGUCAGAAGUGUAGCCGGUGAUCUUGUUGAGGAGGUGAAGUUAAUAGACAAUUUUACCAACAAGAAAGGAAUGACCAGCCACUGCUAUCGGAUUGCAUAUAGGUCUAUGGAACGUUCUCUUACCGACGAUGAAAUCAACGACCUCCAGUGGAAGGUUAGAGAACUGGCGGAGAGCAAAUUGAAAGUUACCCUGAGAUGAAAACUUUGAUGCGCUCAACUUGGACGUCAAUUCCUGUGUUCUCAAAUUGGUUGAUGUACAGAUGUAACACGUAGCUAUUGAAUGAUGAUGAGAUUUGGAAGCGGUACUUAGAUCUCAAAAAAUUAAAUUAAUGAUAGUUAAGUCCCCAAAAUUUUUGUUGAAAGAUGAGUCGCAAGUAUCGGACUCACGAUUGAGACUGCUUUAAACGUGGAAGCCAUAGGUUAGUGAUUUGUAAGUGAGAUUUCCAUAUUUGCAACUAUUUAAAUAUGUAUUUGCCGUUUAUCUUUGAGCAAGUUUUUUGGAUCUGACUGUCAUUAAAUGAAAUGUCGGAACUUAACUGUCAUUUUACUAUUUAUAGCUUGCUGGUCAUGGCUAGCUGAACAAGCAAAAUUGUAGAUGGAUGUAUAAUAAUGAUUUUUGCCA